UUUUUUCAGUUUGGGUUUGUUGGUGUCAGAGACAUUAUGUGGAAGUAACCAACGUGAACAAUGAAUGUGUUCAGUUUCCACUGUCAGACAACGCUGUGGUUCUGCCAGAGAGUCCCCCUCCCCCACUCCUUGGGACGUGAGAAAUGACGGGUUUUGCUGCAAUAGGCGGCUGGUAUAGCUUGGUCACUUUCCUCUGAGCGCGUUAAGAAAAUACUCGCUAGUUAGCGGAUUCUCUUUAAACCAGCAAGACUAUCUUUGUCGCUGGUAUAAGAAUCCCCGGAUUAAAUACAGAAUCGUGUCUAGUUUUAAAUACCUUAAAAAUUUGUUCCCCAUCAGACCUAGUUGUGGAUAGUUCUGAAUUAAAAGUGGAAAAAUAAUCAGUUGACCUAGAUCUGAAGUUUUUUAACAUUUCGUUUACAUUUUUAAAAAAAAUUCCUGAUAUUUUCCUGACUGGAUGUUCUAUUUUCAUUAUUCCCUGUAGACUCUCUGGAAAACCUUCUAAAGGAUAUUUCUGCCCUGAACACCCCCUGUACCCGAAGAAUGGACGCCAACUGGGUAUCACGGAAACUGAUUCUGGCAGCAGCGCUGUUCCUGUCCUCAAGUGCAUCUGUACUGAACAUAACCACACCUGAGGUAGAGGUUGGGAAAACUACCAACGUGUCACUGGGAUGUUUCAAUCCGUAUCCUGCACGCGACAUUUCUGAAAUCGCCAUUAUUCGAAUAUUGAAAUGGGAUCAUGAUGAGUGGAACAGCGUGGCAGAACUACAACGCGGCGAUGGUACGGCAGUUAGACAAAAAUCCAAAGAUGUAUUUGUUAAGGGAAACAUCGGCUCUGUUGCUGAAAGUUUUCUGAGACUUACGUGGCCGGUGGCGACCAAUGACACACUCGGCCAAUAUCGCUGUGACUUCAUCAGCCUCACUUUCCAAGAAAACGUUUUAUGGCAAAAGAGUCUGUCCGUUUUCAUCACAAGUACAAAUCUCACUGUUCACGUCCUGAGCGAAAUUGUGGAGCAAAACAAGAGAGAAGGUUUUCAACUGCUGCACUUACAGAAACAUGAUCUAGUAGAAAACAUGACGGCGACAGUGGAGGAUCUUGAGGCGGAUCUUGAGAGCCAGUUGAAGUACCAUAUACGGACACUGAGCCACACCGUCGAGGGCAACAAGAACGAGAGUGAUAACCAGAAACGAGAAAUUCUCUGGAAGAUGAAAUCAAGUGUGGAGAAGAACAAGAAAGAGUUUCUCAGACUGCUGCGCUCACAGGAAAAAGACGUUCAGGAGAAUUUGAAGACGACAAUGGAGGCUCUGGAAGCGGGUUUUCAGAGCCAGAUACAGGUCUUGACCGACACAGUGGAGGAGAACAAGAAGGAAUGUCCUCGACAACUUGACCUCCACAAACGCCAGAUCCUGGAGAACGUGACGGAGACCGUGGAGGCUCUGGAGGCGGGGCUGGAGAGCAAGAUGAAGGAGCAGAUACAGGUUCUGAACCACACCUUUGAGGAGAAAAGGAAAAAGGAUCUUCAACAGAAUCAGAUUAUGGAAAAAAUGAAAGCGGCCUUGGAGGAGAGCAAGAGAGAGUGUCUCCAACAAAAACAGGACAUCCUGGACAAUGUGACAGCAACGAUGGAAGCUCUUGAAGCGGGAUUUGAGCGCAAACUGGACGACGUGAAGAGCCAGCUACAG